GAAACAUUCAAAGCGAGUCAAAAAUGGCGUCGAACAAGCGCGAACACGUCCAUAUGAGAUUCAUUAAAACUUUCGUCGUCCUGAGCGGAAUUUGGCCGUUGGAUUUGAAAGGAAUCAAGAAGCAUUUGUACGACUUGUACUUUCGCGCGACUUUCCUUUUCUACGUUUUGAACGUUUGCACGGUCUACGUAACGGCCAAGGAGGUCGCUUUUCGCGGCAAAACUACCGAAAUUACCGAUUACGUGGCCAACACCAUUUUCGCCACGCUGCUCAUACUCAAAGCCUUGACAUACAGAUCCAAAGGUAUCAAGAACCUUCUGGAUUCGAUACUAGAACUAGAGAAGGAAGUUCUCGAGAAGUACGACGACGAAUCGAGAAGCAUCUACAUGGAGAACGUGAAGAGCGCUGAGUACCUCGGCUCCGUGUACAUAUUCCAAGGUUGCUUCAUGUCCCUCUGCGCCCAAGUAUUCCCUCUGAUAAUGACCCUAAUGAGCGUACCCGACGAGCAGGGUCGCGUCGAAAAGUACUACAUAGUACCCAACUGGGAGCCCUUCGAUAAGUACGAGCAUUACUACGCCGCGUUCGCGCUGCAAUUCGUUUAUACCAUCAUCGCCGAGACCUACAUCGUCUUCUGCGGCACCUUUUUCCUCUUCGUUUUGAAGAACGUCCAAGGCCAGCUGAGGGUGCUGCAGCACCGGUUCCGUGAAGGGCACAGCGUGAAGGAUUGCAUUCGAUUCCACCAAGCCAUUAUCCAGUUGUUUAAUGAUUUCAAUUCGACGUUCUACAUGUUCAUUUUCAUGGAGUAUAUCUUCACCUCGUUCGGUUUGUCUAUAGUGGUUUUGGAGUUUAUGCUGGAGGAGACGAUUCAAAUGAAAAUCGCUGCUGCUGGGUUUUUCUCCGCUUUCGCCGGGCAAUUGUUGUUUAUCUAUUACAACGCCGAUCAGGUCACCUGGGAGAGUAGUGAUGGAUUGGUGAGGGCCAUCUUCGAUGGUAGUUGGUACGAAAUAGAUCCGAAAGCUCAAAAGUUGUUGGUGUUCGUUAUAAAGCGAGCCCAGAAGCCUUUGACUUUAUCAAUAGGGCCUUUUAGGAAAGUGGGAGUCGAUUCUAUGAUAGCUCUGUUCAAAGCGACCUACUCGUAUAUAUCUUUGAUGUGGAGAUAAUUCAAACGCAGAAGAAUUACCGAGCACGCUUCUAUCGAUGUUUUGUAGUUUUAUUUCACUAAUAAUAAAGGUUAGAAGUGCA